AUGGAACAUGGGAGGAGGAAUACCAAGAAAUACACUUUCAAAUGUCCUGACUUAACAGAGUCGAAGAAGCUUUGUUCUAUGAUAGUUAGUCCAAAGGAUUUCAGAGCUCGGUAUGGAAGAAUUAUGGAUAUCUUGAAGACCAAGGUUGAAGAUGGAGUUCUCAACACCCUGGUACAGUUUUAUGAUCCACUCUACCAUUGUUUCACAUUUCCAGACUACUCACUUAUGCAUACUCUAAAAGAAUACUCUUAUUGGUUUGGUCUGCCAGUCUCUGACAAAUUACCAUUUAGUGGUUCAGAGAAGACCCAUACGCUAGCAGCUAUUGCAGAACCAUUUCACCUAGAAACGUAUGUUGUGAAGGCCAACUUCAUUAAAAAUGGAGGGAUUCUAGGUCUAACCUCUAGAUUCCUGAUGGAGAAAGCCUUUCUCUUUGCAGAAGUAGAUAGUAAAGAUGAAUUUGAAGCCAUUUUUGCUCUACUCAUUUAUGGAAUUGUGCUCUUCCCAAACAUUGAUGACUUUGUGGAUGUUAAUGAUGUACGAAUCUUCUUAAUUGCUAACCCAGUACCCACAUUACUUGGAGAUACCUACCAUUCUAUCCAUCACAGGACUAAGAAAGGUGGUGGAACCAUUCUUUGUUGUGCACCUCUCCUAUAUAAGUGGUUUAUUUCUCACUUACCCAGAUCCAGGAUCUUCGGGGAGAAUCCACAGAAGCUCAUAUGGUCUCAGAGAUUCAUGUCCAUUUUUCAAGGGAAUAUACAUUGGUGUGACCCCUCCUAUGAUGUUGGAGUAAUUAUUGACAGUUGUGAAGAGAAUUCCAGUUUGAAGGAUAGAAUCAUACAUGCUUGGCGCAACAUGCACAAGAAAGGAAAAGAUCAAUUAGGAAGAAAGAAUUGUGUUGCUUUUGAGCCCUACACCCAAUGGGUUUGUGCUAGAGACAGUGAACUUAAGAUGCCCUAUGCUCCUAAGAAGCCCUCAUUCCCUUAUGUUAUAACAUCAUCAUCCACCAUUCCUAUUGAGAAUAGGGAAGAGUUUCAAGAAAUUUUGGCUAGGUUGGAAUUGGAAAGAGACACUUGGGAAGGCAAGUACCAUGUCUUGAAUGAUAAGAAGAUGAAGACGGAGCAGCAGUUAAAGGAGAAGGAUGAUUUGAUUGAGAUUCUGGAACAAUAA